AUGGGUAUAUCUUGCAUCACAAGAAACACAUAUUCCAUCCUCUCUCUUCAUCUUAUUCUCAUUCUCAUCAUCACCCCUUCAUCUUCAUCCUUUACUCCCACAGACAUCGUCACAAAAGAAACCCUCAACAAACUCUGCUCAAAAUCAAUCAUUUUCAACCGUCGCUUUUGCAUCAAAUGGCUAACCGCUGACCAUAAUAAAACGACCUCAAUGAACAUUCAUGGCCUUAUGGAGCUCGCAGUAGAAAAAUCUCAAACGUUUGGUCAGGAAAACCUAGAAUUGAUGAACGUCUUUGCAAAGAUCUCAGAUGAUGACAAGCAGUUCAAGAACGCUUGCGUUGAAUGUGUGAAGGGUUAUGGCACAGCGAUCAAAGAGCUUGAGGGGGCUAAAGAGUUUUUGAGAAACAGCUCGUUCCAACAAGCGUUUUACGCUGCUUCGAAAGCAGUUGAUUAUGCUUACGUCUGCAAAGAUCAGUUCGAAGGACCGUCUAAUGAGCCGCCUUUUGUUUUGAAUCGUAGUGUGAAGUUUAUCACAAUGUGUCAAAUUGCUAGAUUUUUCACUACUCUUUUCAUUUAA